GAUGUUGUUAUCCAUUCUGUGGCGAGUUUACAUGCUUCUGUGGGUCUCUGAAAUGUGGAGCGAUGAGACGCAAGCCGGGGGUUGGCGGGUCCUUGCCGAGGCCGGCCCGGAGACGUCCACCCGCUCGGCCAAGGACUUGCUCAAGGAACACAGGGCCCACGACAUCCUCCCCACGAUCCCCUCCAUCAGGGACAAACCCUUCAGCUACAAGCCCUUCGUCCUCAACAAGUUCCAUACCAAGCAGUCCAAGAACAAAACCGAUCCAUACACCCGAGUGACACUACCAAAGACCCAGGCCCAGGAGAACAGCUCGGGGAAGAAAUCGACGACGCAACAGCAGUCGCAGGCGCAGCCGCAGGGCCAGUCCUCGAACGUAAAGCAACCGCAACCAACUCAGGCCGUGCAGACGACAGCAGCAGCCCCCCAGUCGCAACCCCAGUUGCCCGACACCCCUCGGCCGGCCUGCGCCAGAGAGAUGAACUUCUGCAUGCACACCGUUGAUUACCCCGAUGACCGAGUGCAUGACACGAUUGACAGCUACUACGAUGAGGUACGAACGAUCUACAAUGAGUUACAUCAGUACUCAGCAGAGGAGUUCAUUACCGAUGACAAUGUCACGCAUAAAUUCCGCCAUAAAGGUCACUUCGUCUGCGAAUCUGAAGUAGCCUACAUCAGAAUCGGAUGGGCUCUCAAUUGGAAGAAUAAAUGGAUGAUAGUCAUCAACACGGAUAAGUAUCCUCAGAGCGUGAGGAUAGAAACUUGCAAGUAUCCCAAUGGAAAAUGCGAAUACUUGCCUCCAUGCUACAAGUCGAUGUGUAUUCAAAGGCAAAUGCCUGUGAAACUUUUGGCCAUAGACCCAAACAAACCUCAUCAUAGACCUAUGGUAGACGUCUUCCAAAUUCCUACGUCCUGCGCUUGUUUCGUGGAAAAUUUUCAGUAUAACAGUAACUGAUCAAGCCUGUCUUUAUUUUCAAAGCGAUGAAAUGAUAUCUCUUUUUUUGUAUAGUUAGUAGCUCUCUAAAACAAAACAAUUUAAGUGACUCCUCUUUGGGUCAUGAUAUUCUACAAAGACAAUGCAUUUCAACUGUAGCACAUUAACACAUUCACAGUUCACAUGUUUAGUAUUUCAUCUAAAUCCCAGAGUUAAUUUUAUAAAAAGUUUUUUCUUGUCGCAAUAAUCGAUAGUAUCUGGAACGUUAUUUUGACACAAACUCCGAUUUCAACGGAAAUCCUCAAUUAUUUGCAACGAAAUUCUACGCUCUUGCUAAUGAAAUUACUCAUACACGAUUGUAGAAGCAAUACUUUCAACUUCAUUUUUACGAAUCUCAAAUGCUGUGAGUUAUAGAGUGUGAAGCAACUCAGGCUGUAUCUCCUAUAUCAUAUGAUAUUUGAUAGGUUACCUUUUUGUAGAUACGUUAUGUUCCAACGAAACAUUACCAAAGAUGUGGUUACUCUGCCCUUAAGUCAGCCAAAUAUUUUCAUAUUUUUAAACAGUGUCAUAAAACAAAUAAAUGGUACUCUCAUACAUAUUAA